UCAGUCGAGUGUAAGCCCGUGGGCACGACGGACGCGUUUUUUUGUUUGUCGAAUUGAGUCGCGAUCGCGCACAUAACAAUCGUACGAUCGUGAUCGUGUCGCCUGGCGAAAUCCUGCAAGUUGCAAUGAACUGUGUGAUUAUCGCUUUCGGUAAUCGGGCAACGUUAGUGAUCGUUUUUGGGGUGUUUGCGUCCGUUCUGUUGGCUCGGAAUGGUGCUGACGGGCGGGUGUACAAACGGUGUGAGUUGGCACGCGAGCUAGCGCUGAAGCAGGUGCCGGAGGAUCAAAUUGCCGACUGGCUGUGUAUCGCUGAACACGGCUCGAAUUUCAACAGUUCAGCAGUCAAUCUGAAGUACAAAAGAUUUGGUGGUUCUGCCUAUUACGGGAUCUUUCAGAUCAGUGAUCUUUAUGGGUGUUUGAGAAGUAGCUCGAUAUGUGGUUUGACGUGCGCCGAUUUAAAGGACGAUGAAGUGGAAGAUGACAUUGAUUGUAUGAGAAGAAUUUUUGGCGAGUAUAGUCGUGAGAUUGGGGAUGGUUUCGCUGCUUGGCCGGUCCACAAGACAUACUGUCGAGAUCCGGCUGCGAAAAACGUUGCGUUCGGUGAUUGUUUGAAUGAGGAAGUGCUUCGCUUCCAAGCGUACUACAAGAAGAAAAAAGCCAAAGCGAGGAAGGAAGAUUUAGUGCUCAGCACUCCCGUAGGUAAAGUGUACGAUCGUUGCGAGCUGGCCGGUGAGCUUCGGGACAAACAUAAGUUGCCGGAAGAUCAGAUCGCUACAUGGGUUUGCAUAGCGUAUCACGAGAGCCGCUUCAACACCUCCGCUGAAGGUCGGCUGAAUGCAGAUGGCAGCGGUGAUCAUGGCCUGUUUCAGAUCAGUGACAUCUACUGGUGCUCUGCUACGGGUCGGCCAGGCAAAACUUGCGGCGUGACGUGCGAAGAUUUACGUAAUAGUGAUAUUAGUGAUGACAUUCGCUGUUUAAGACAAAUAUAUGACGAGCAUCAGCGAAUUUCCGGUAAUGGAUUCACUGCGUGGACAGUGUAUAGACCCUACUGUCAGGGAAGAGAAGAGAGUUUCGUGCAUAAUUGUUUCGAUCAAACCCUACCUACGACAGUGGUUCGACCAAGACCGGGAGUUGUUGCUCCUACGCGAGCUUCGGGUAGAAAGUAUGGUUCUGAGCCGGUUGGAAAAAUCUACGAUCGUUGUGAGCUAGCGAAUGAUUUGCUGCACAAAUUUCGCUUACCGAGGGAACAAAUCGCAACUUGGGUCUGCAUCGCAUAUCAUGAAAGCUCCUUCAACACAUCGGCAGAAGGCAGAGGUGAUCAUGGAUUGUUUCAAAUCAGUGACAUUUACUGGUGCUCUCCUCCUGGCAAUGGAUGGGCUUGCUCGGUGACAUGUGACGAGCUGAAAGAUAGUGACAUUUCGGAUGAUGUUGAGUGUAUUCGAACGAUUUAUGAAGAGCAUCAGAGGUUGUCCGGAGAUGGAUUUAAUGCAUGGUCUGUCUAUCAACCGUUUUGCAGGGAUAAAUCCGAAAGCUACGCGCAGGGUUGCUUUGGAACGGAAGGCGAUCAUCCGAUAACUUCAGUUUUACCAAAACCUGCCAUCACAGCACCAACUAGAAUACCCUUUAGAAAAUCCAGCUCUACCAGGGGAAAAGUCUACACUCGUUGUGAGUUGGCCAGAGAAUUGUACUACAAACAUCGAUACUCUAUCGAGGAAUCAGCAACCUGGACAUGCAUUGCACAGUACCAAUCAAAUUUCAACACUUCCGCUGUUGGCAACGGACCCGGGGAUGUGCGAUACCAUGGAAUGUUUCAACUCAGUGAUGAGUACUGGUGCUCACCACCUGGACGUGGAUGGGUUUGUGGUUUGGUGUGCUCCGAUCUGGAGGAUGACGAUAUUACAGACGAUCUUUCUUGUAUGCGACACAUCUACGAAGAACACCAAAGAAUAUCUGGAGAUGGUUUCAACGCUUGGGCUGUGUAUCAACCAUACUGCAAAGGCAAGGCUCGCAGCAUGGUCAGUGGAUGCUUCGAGGACGAUGAAAAUACCUUAGUUCCUACGACAACGAUUAGGCGACCCACGAAGAAAACUAAUGUCGGUGUUGGAAAAGUGUACCAACGCUGUGAACUGGCACGGGAGCUGUACAACAAACACAACCUACCCUUCGAACAGAUCGCAACUUGGGUUUGUAUUGCUCAUCGAGAAUCCAAUUACAAUGUUUCCGCUAUCGGCAGGCUGAAUGCCGAUGGCAGUGAAGAUCACGGACUAUUUCAAAUCAGCGAUAUUUACUGGUGCUCUCCGCCCGGGAAAGGUUGGGUCUGUAAUUUACCCUGUUCGGAUCUGGAAGAUAACGACAUUAGUGAUGAUCUGGAGUGCAUGAAGCUCAUUUUCGAAGAGCACACAAGACUUUCAGGGGACGGCUUUAAUGCCUGGUCGGUCUAUAAGCCCCACUGCAAAGGCCGAUCAGAUCAUUACAUAAAGGGGUGUUUUGAUGAUCCUGCUACUACAAUUACCACCGCACGUACGACAACCCUAAGAAUUACGAAACCGAGCACAACUCGAACUACGUCUGCCACCACAAAACGAACAACCUUUAGUUGGUUUACAACUCCCACCACUGGAAGGCCUGUCGUAGUAACCACAACACCGAAAACCCAUUACUGGACUUCGGCGACCACGAAAUCAACACUGCCACCUGCCGCCACUUCCCGAGCUACCACCACUGCCCGGCCCACUAUUAAUAUUUUCGAUUUUUACCUAAAUCAUUUCGGCCGACCAAACAGUACACCGGUUACCUAUACUCCGUUUUCAUCCAGAACUACGACACCAACUGCUAGACCCACUCAUCGACCCGAGCGGUUCCAAAGGCUUCGCGAAAGCACGACAAGUCGACUCACCAUCCAGGGCACCACCACUAAGUAUUCAAGUUUUGAUCAACUAUUCAAUCACUUUAGACACGGUUGAUAAUCACUUCAUGUUGUUUAAAUAAAUUUUGUAUAUAACGUACCGAGUGUCUACUUUAUAACUUGAGAAACAUCCUUGUCCCCGCUGUAAAAAUCAUCACUUUCAACCAGGUCGUGAAUCACAUCCAAUAAAACGCUAGUUUAAUGGAACCUUACCUUG